AGCGGCACCGGCCGGGCCCGAGGAUCAUCAGACCUGGAAAAUCCCACCAGGAUCAAACCCACUUCUUCCCAUGCUGGAAUCCCAGGGGCAGCGUGGGAUCCGGGAUCUGCAGCAGCUCCCUGAUUCCCGAAUUCCCCCAUCCCAGAGUCCCUAAGGAUGAAUGGCUCCGAGCUGGCCAGCACCACGGCCUCCAGUCCCAAAUCCACGGAGGAUCCGGUUGGGAAUGGGCACGAGGAGAAGGAGAACAACCCCUUCGCCGAGUACAUGUGGAUGGAGAACGAGGAGGACUUCAACCGGCAGGUGGAGGAGGAGCUGCAGGAGCAGGAAUUCCUGGAUCGCUGCUUCCAGGAGAUGCUGGAGGAGGAGGACCAGGAUUGGUUCAUCCCGGCGCGGGAUCUCCCGCAGGGAAUGGGGCAGCUCCAGCAGCAGCUCCACGGCCUCUCCGUGGGCGACGGACACGGAUCCGAGGACAUCCUGAGCAAAAGCAACUUGAAUCCAGAUGCCAAGGAAUUCGUUCCCGGAGUGAAAUACUGACCUUGGAAAUUCGGGAAUGGCCUGGCCAGAGACUGAUUCCCUGCUCCAGGGAAAAGUUGGGACAUGGGAAGAGCCCGGAGCGGCUCCAGCGCCGGGAUCUGCUCCAGCUCCAAGUACUUCUGGUUUUCCCUAUUUUUUUUUCCUUUUUUUUUUUUUUUUUUCCCUGGCUUUUCCUCACUUUUUCUUGGCAGUUUUUGGCUUCCUGGGAUUUGCGGCGACCCCGCCAGCGGGAAAAAUCUUGGGGGAAAUCAUGGAAAAAUCAUGGGGAAUCAAUCAUGGAAAAAUCACGGGAAAAUCAUGGAAAAAUCAUGGGGAAUCAAUCACGGGAAAAUCGUGGGAAAAUCAUGGGAAAAUCACAGGAAAAUCAUGGAAAAAUCAUGGGGAAUCGCGGGAAAAUCAUGGAAAAAUCACAGGAAAAUCAUGGGAAAUCAAUAAUGGGAAAAUCAGAGAAAAAUCAUGGAAAAAUCACAGAAAAUUACAGGAAAAUAAUGGGAAAAUCAUGGGAAAAAUCAUGGAAAAACCGUGGAAAAAUCAUGGGGAAUCGAUCACGGGAAAAUCAUGGGAAAAUCCCAGAAAAAUAAUGGGAAAAUAAUGGGAACUCAAUCAUGGGGAAAUCAGAGAAAAAUCAUGGAAAAAUCACAGAAAAUCACCGGAAAAUCAUGGAAAAAUCAUGGGGAAAUCAUGGGAAAUCAAUCAUGGGAAAAUCAGAGCAAAAUCAUGGAAAAAUCACAGAAAAUCACAGGAAAAAUCAUGGAAAAAUCAUGGAGAAUCAAUCAUGGGGAAAUCGUGGGAAAAUUACAGGAAAAUCAUGGAAAAAUCUUGGGAAAAUAAUGGGAAAUCAAUCAUGGGAAAAUCAGAGAAAAAUCAUGGAAAAACCACAGGAAAAUAAUGGGAAAAUCAUGGGAAAUCAAUUAUGGGAAAAUCAUGGAAAAAUCAGGUUUUCCUGCUUCUGGAGGAUUUUUAGGGUUGGGAGCUGUGCUGGAUUUUCCCUGAUCUUUUUUUUUUUCAGGAAUGUGUUUUCCCUGAUUUUUCUGGAAUGGGAUUUUUUUCCUGCUGGAAGUGAAGGGUUCCCGAAAUUCCUCCACAUGGAAGCUGAGCAGGGGGAUCCUGCCAAUUCCAGAGGUUUUUAGGGAAACCUGGAUUUCCCCAAAAUUCCUCUUCCCCUUAAGGAAUUCCUCAGCUCAUCCAACACUACAGCCCUAAUCCCUCAUGGGGGAAAAUCCAAGGAAAACUGAAUUCCUGGCAGAGAGGAGAGGGAUCCUCUGUUGGGAUGAGGGAUAUUUUGGGAUGUGGUGGGAAUAUCCUGGUGCUGAUCCCUUUCCCAAGGAUCCUGGAGUGGGAUCCGUGUCUCCAGCAGAAUUUGAUCCUGGGAAUUUCCUUCCCCAUCCAUGGGAGCUGCAGCUCCCGAAUUCCCAAGGUUCUAAAAGGCUCAGAAAUCCAGGGAAUGCAGGAGCUCCUUGGGAUUGGGAAUCGCUGUCCAGGGAAAUCCGGAACUUUUUGGGAUUGGGAAUCCCUUUUCAAGGAAAUCAGGAACUUCCCAAGGUCAGAAAUCCCUAUCCAAGGAAAUCCAGAGCUCCUUGGGAUUUGGAAUCCCUCUCCAGGGAAAUCAGGAACUUUUUGGGAUUGGGAAUCUCUAUCUAGGGAAUGCAGGAGCUCCUUGGGGUUGGGAAUCCCUGUCCAAGGAAAUCAGGAAUUUUUGGGAUUGGAAAUCCCUAUCCAAGGAAAUCAGGAACUUCCCAAGGUCAGAAAUCCUGUCCAGGGAAAUCAGGAACUUUUUGAGAUUGGAAAUCCUUAUCCAAGGAAAUCAGGAACUUCCCAAAUUCAGAGAUCUAUCCAGGGAAACCAGGAACUUCCUGGAAUUGGGAAUCCCUGUCCGGAGAAAUCAGGAGUGUCUUGGGAUUGAAAAUCCCUACAGAGGAAAAGUAGGAGCUCCUUGGGGUCAGGAAUCCUUAUCCAAGGAAAUCCGGAGCUCCUUGGGAUUGGGAAUCCCUAGCCAAGGAAAUCAGGAGCUUUUUUGGGAUUUGGAAUCCCUGUCCAAGGAAAUCAGGAACUUUUUGGGAUUGGGAAUCUCUAUCUAGGGAAUGCAGGAGCUCCUUGGGGUUUGGAAUCGCUAUCCAAGGAAAUCAGGAAUUUUUGGGAUUGGAAAUCCCUCUCCAAGAAAAGUGGGAGCUUCCUAAGGUCAGAAAUCUGUAUCCAAGGAAAUCAGGAACGUUUUGGGAUUGGAAAUCCUUAUCCAAGGAAAUCAGGAAUUCCCUGGGGCCAGAAAUCCCUAUCCAAGGAAAUCCAGAGUUCCUUGGGAUUUGGAAUCCCUCUCCAAGGAAAUCAGGAACAUUUUUGGGAUUGGAAAUCCCUGUCCAAGGAGAGCAGGAGCUCCUUGGGGCCAGAAAUCCCAUCCAAGGAAAUCAGGAACGUUUUGGGAUUGGAAAUUCCUGUCCAAGGAAAUCAGGAACUUCCUGAGGUGAGAAAUCCCUAUCCAAGGAAAUGUGGAGUUCCUUGGGGUUGGGAAUCCCUCUCCAGGGAAAUCAGGAACGUUUUGGGACUGGGAAUGUCUAUCCAGAGGUAUCAGGAACUUUUUGGGAUUGGAAAUCCCUACAGAGGAAAAACAGGAGCUCCUUGGGGUUGGGAAUCCCUGUCCAGGGAAAGCAGGAAUUCCCAGGGUCACAAACCCCUAUCCCUGGAAAACGGGACCUUUCUCAGGGUUGGGAAUGCCAAACCAGGGAAGGCAGGAGCUUUCCAGCUCCCUUUUCCAGGGAAUCCUGGGAAAGCAGCACCAGCAGCUGCUCAGCCGUGAAAAUUCCCGUUCCCUGAGCGAAAGCAGCUCACGGAUCAGCGGGAUCGGGGCCGCCGGAGCGUGAACAGCCCUGAGCUCAUGGAAUUCCCGGCACUUCCCGCUUUUCCCAGCCCCUCUGGAAGCAGCGGCCCCGUGGCGAUCCCACCCUACAAACCCCAUUUGGGGCCGUUUUUUGGCUGGGCAGGACGGGAUCCUGGAGCGAUCCCACAUUUUCCCCUCCUCUUUUUCCCGGUUUUCCUUGGAUUUCCCCCCCAAUUCCCUACCUUCCCCACCCCCUCCCUCCCCCAAUGCUGUAAAUUUCGGACGAGGCGUUAUCCCAAAUAAACUUUUUUUGGAAGUUUUCCUUGGAAAA